AUGCCCGUCUUUCGGAAUGUGGCCGAGGUGGGCUUGUUGGUCUUCCUCUUCCUGGUCGCCCUCGAGGUCGACAUGCGCUUGUUCACCCAGAACUGGAAGGCUGCCCUUAGUGUUGGCCUGGCCGGCAUGGUUCUACCCUUUGGUCUCGGCUUCGCCAUCGCUUACGGUAUCUACCACCAGUUUCACGCUGGCAUUGUCGAGCACCCCAUCAGCUUUGGAGUCUUUGGUUUGUUCAUUGGCACUGCACUCGCCAUCACCGCUUUCCCCGUUCUUUGUCGUAUUCUCAGCGAGCUGAACCUGCUGCGCUGCAACGUUGGUGUCACCGUUCUGGCCGCCGGCAUUGGCAACGACGUGACCGGCUGGAUCCUCCUUGCCCUCUGUGUCGCCCUGGUCAACAACAGCAAUGGCCUGGCUGCCCUCUGGGCCUUACUCUGCUGCAUCGGCUGGACUCUACUCUUGUUCUUCGUCGUCCGACCGCCUUUCAUCUGGAUCUUGAGGCGGACCGGCAGUCUGCAAAAUGGCCCUACCCAGGGUAUGGUCGCCUUGACCAUGCUCAUGGUGCUUGCCUCGGCUUGGUUUACCGGUGGGUCCGCUCCCCAUCUGAUAUUAUCCGUUGUUUCUGGUUCUGAUUCUCCAGGCAUUAUUGGUGUCCAUCCCAUUUUCGGCGCCUUCUUGGUCGGCCUGAUCUGCCCCCACGACGGCGGCUUUGCCAUCAAGUUGACCGAGAAGAUUGAGGAUUUGAUCUCAGUUCUGUUCCUGCCCCUCUAUUUUGCGCUCUCUGGCCUGAAUACCAACUUGGGUCUCCUGAACGAUGGUAUCACCUGGGGUUAUGUCAUCGGCAUCAUCGCGUGCGCCUUCGUCGGUAAGAUUGCGGGUGGCACCCUGGCUGCCCGUGCCAGUAAACUGCUUUGGCGGGAAAGCUUUACCAUAGGCUGCCUGAUGAGCUGCAAGGGUCUUGUCGAGCUGAUUGUCCUGAACAUCGGUCUUCAAGCGGGCAUCCUUUCAGAGACCACUUUCAGCAUGUUUGUCGUCAUGGCUUUGGUCACAACCGUCGCCACCACGCCUCUUACCAAGGCGUUGUAUCCGCCAUGGUACCAGAAGAAGGUCGAAAGGUGGCGGCGAGGAGAGAUUGACUGGGACGGAAAUCCCACCGACCCCUCCGAAGCCGAUCAACCUCAGCAGAAGUCCGCCGACUCGCAGGUUCGCCGCCUCAUGGUGCACCUUCGCCUCGACAGUCUUCCGAGCCUGUUUACAUUCAUCACCUUACUCAGCCCUGAAACCGUGCCGGCGUCAGCCCACCCAGACACUCCCGAAGACUCGUCCCAAAGCAAGGAGGUGCAGAUUAGAAAGAGACCGCUGGAGGUUCAUGGCCUGCGCGUCAUCGAACUCACCGACCGUACCUCGUCCGUCAUGCACUUGACCGAGGGCGAUGAUUCCUAUUCUCUCCGCGACCCUGUGGUCAACGCCUUUAAGACCUUUUCCCAGCUUCAUGACGUUGCCGUCUCGGGCCGGGUCGCCGUCGUUCCCGCAGACUCGUACGCUGAGACGAUCAUGUCUCAGGCAUCCGACGUAUCUUCCGACUUCGCCCUCAUCCCCUGGGGCGAAUACGGCAGCACAUCUGAAGACGUGUCCCUUCCCAUCGCCAUGAGCGGAAGUGAGCGGUUCCGGUCGACCUCCCACUUCGAAUUUAUUAGCCAGACCCUGCAACAAGCCGCUCGCACCUGCAACACGGGCAUCUUCAUCGACAACGGCUUCGGCGGCAUCACCAAGCCUGUGGACCGACCUGAUCUAAACCGGACCAAGAGCGCCAUGUCCAUCCGCAGCUACCGGCCCGAGUUCGCCACCUUCCCCGUCGCCAAUAAAUCCCACCAUAUCUUCCUCCCCUUCCUCGGCGGGCCCGACGACCAUGUCGCCCUCCGAAUCGUCCUGCAACUCGCCAAGAACCAACAAGUCACCGCCUCCAUCGUGCGCAUUGCCUGGCCGGCCACCAGCACCAACGCUGAACCCACCACCUCCCACGACACCUCCACCUCCGCAUCCAUCCCCUCUCCUAAAUCUACCGCCAACGCCCUCCAAGACGCCGCCGCCCGCCAGACCCAGCAAGAUGCAGCCUUCUUUGCCACCAUGCAAGCCUCCCUUCCCUCGGACCUAUCCCCACGCGUCGUCUUCAGCGAAGUCGAACUCUCCACUGCCACCCCUGUGUCGGCGCUCCCCGAGCUUGUGGUCCUCGCCCAGAAGACGGUCGGCCAGCGACCCAAGAACGCCGGCGACGUCGUCGUCGUGGGCCGCCGGAAUACCCGCUUCGGAGACGCGCUUGCUGCUGCUACUUCUUCUUCUUCUGCGGAUGGACAGGAUGUUGGUGGCAGUGUUGGAGGGAGUGCUGGCGGUGGUGGAAGUAGUGCGGACCUGAGGAAGACGAUCGGCGCCGUGGCCGAGCAGCUGGUUACCGUGGGCAUCAAGGCGAGUAUCUUGGUUGUGCAGGCCGGCGGGAAGGGGCUGGAAGCUGUCUAUGCUUAG